GAUUUUUUCUUGAAGUAUUUUUCAUUGUUUACGUUUAAUUCUGUAUGAGUUUAAAUUAAAAUGCUUGUUCAUAUUUUAGGAGGUAAAAAUAAUUUGGAAUGUUCCUAUAGAGAUUCAAAAAUACACUCCCUUCCUUGUAAAAUACAUGCCGACUGUGAUGCUCCUGUUUCUAAGUAUUUUGAACCUUAUGUUACAUCGCAAGAAGAUGGUAUAUUAAAGGCAUCAUUUCGAGGAUUUCCACUAUUAGGUAUGAAAAUUAACUUUCCUGAACAUUACAAAGGAAUAAUUUUGCAUGAAAGUAUAAGACCAGAAACUGAGGAUGAAGAACGGAGGUUUUAUGUAGUAAAUAAUUUUAAUUCAAUAACUUAUUGGAAUUGGGAUAAGAGCCCAACUAAAAAUGAUCUUUUUGUACAAGCUCUUGACUGGCUAGACAUUGCUGAAGCUCUGCACUCUCCAAUCAUGGAAUGAAGAGAACAUGUGAAGUGCUACAGCAUACAAAACGUUGAAUUCAAACUGACUGUUUGUUGUAUUCAAAUGCAUUAUUUUCUUAAUAAAAACUUGUGAUCAUUCACCUAUGUACACACAAAUAUAAUUAUUCUAGUGUAACUAGAAAUUUCAUGAAUAAGAUACUAGUUAGUGGCA